AUGACUCAAUUACAUACACGUAUUCGACCGAUGAUGAGUAAUGAUAUUGUUAUUAUUCAUCGUCGAGAUCGGCAAUUAUUUCUUUUAGUUCUUGCUCAAGCAAUUGUUUAUGUAUUAACAAUUUUUCCUUAUCCAUUCAUUGUUUUAGAAGUUACAAUAACGAAUCAAAUGGGAAUACAGAAAAGUGUACAAUGGAUACAAAUUGAAAAUUUUUUAUCCAUUAUUGGAGUCGUACUUACUUAUAUAAGUUGUGCCACACCAUUCUACACAUAUUUUGUGGCUUCGAAAACAUUUCGGAAAGAUUUUCUUAACAGUUUUACUCAAUGUCAACAUCAAUAA